AUGGCUCCUGGAAUUUUAUUAACGCCCCGUGGCUCCCCCAGAAUAUUGAGGAGGGGAGAGUGUGUUGGGGAGAGUUCUGGGGAGAGUGCUGAGGAGAGUUCUGGGGAGAGUGCUGAGGAGAGUUCUGGGGAGAGUGCUGAGGAGAGUUCUAGGGAGAGUGCUGAGGAGAGUUCUGGGGAGAGGGCUGAGGAGAGUUCUGGGGAGAGUGCUGAGGAGAGUACUGGGGAGAGGGCUGAGGAGAGUUCUGGGGAGAGUCCUGAGGAGAUGUUGGGGGAGAGUGUUGGGGAGAGUGUUGGGGAGAGUGUUGGGGAGAGUGUUGGGGAGAGUGUUGGGGAGAGUGUUGGGGAGAGUGUUGGGGAGAGUGUUGGGGAGAGUGUUGGAGAGUGUGUUGGGGAGAGUGUUGGGGAGAGUUGUUGGGAGAGUGUUAGGGAGAGCGUUGGGGAGAGCGUUGGGGAGAGUGUUGGGGAGAGUGUUGGGGAGAGUGUUGGGGAGAGUGUUGGGGAGAGUGCUGGGGAGAGUGUUGGGGAGAGUGUUAGGGAGAGCGUUGGGGAGAGUGUUGGGGGGAGUGUUGGGGAGAGUGUUAGGGAGAGUGUUGGGGAGAGUGUUGGGAGAAGCGUUGGGGAGAGUGUUGGGGAGAGUGUUGGGGAGAGUGUUGGGGAGAGUGUUGGGGAGGGAGUAGAUGUCAAGAGACUUCAGACGUUCUCACCUGCGCUCCAGGAGGUAGAAAUCAAGGGACUUCAAACGUUCUCAACUGCAUUCCAGGAGGUAGAAAUCAAGGGACUUGAAACGUUCUCAACUGCGCUCCAGGAGGUAGAAAUCAAGGGAACUCAAACGUUCCCAGCAACUGAGGUUGUUUACUGA